UAAUUACUAAACACGUAAGCGUCAGCGUACGUAGCGUAAAUAAUCAUCAUUCACGCAGAUAAGGUAAAUCAGAAACGUUUUCGGUGCUUUUCUAAAUUGUUUUAAACUAAUUUACAGUAAAAAAUAUAUUUCGAAAGUGUAUGAAAACAUCAUGGAAAAGAUACCGAUCGAUUUGAUGAUUCCUUACUUAUCACCGGUGAAUCCGGCCCUUCUGCCGCAUCUAACGUUGAUAUUAUUCGGUAUUGGAACCUUCUUCACUGCAUGGUUUUUCGUAUACGAAGUGACUAGCAAUAAAUAUACUCGGGAUAUUGUUAAAGAAGCUGCCGUUGCAUUAGUCGCCGCUGUAUUUUCUGGUUUCGGAAUACUGUGCCUUCUCAUUUGGGUCGGUAUUUAUGUUUGAUGUUUAAGAUAUUUGUAAAUGUAAUGCAUUUUUAUAUUACUUAAUUGUUUUCUAUUUGAAUAAAGUAUCAAGUUUAUCUCAUGUAAA